AUGUUCCACGGCUUCACCUACGAACACUAUAACCUCAGUGACUACAUUGAUAGCUUGUUCCAGGAAUUCCCAGCGAUGCAACUGGUCCUCUCAAUCGGCCUUGCGGAUGGAGUCGGCAACUUCGUAAUAUCAGACAUACGACUUGGGGACGCCGUCGUUGGAAUUCCCACUCGGAAGUCUGCAACCGCUUUCGGCACGUCUUUCGACGGGCUCGGCGGGGAAGGUCGUCUCGUAUGGGAGCAAGGACCUCCUGCAGCUCUAGCAGUAUCUGCGCUCAGCAAACUAGAGGCAAUGUUACCAUAUGAAGAUUCAGUUGAUGGCUGCUUCAGUGUGCCUUCGCUGCUUCACCCUCGAACUUUCUCACGGCCUCACCGAGACCUCGACAAACUUUUCCUUCCCACAUAUUUACAUGAGCAUGCGAGAAGUGACUGUUCUGUAUGUGAGGACUCGUACCUAAUAAGAAGGUCGCCAAGGGAAACAGGCAACAUUGUUGUUCACCAAGGCUCGAUUGCUUGCACGGCUCCCCCUCAUGCGUCCGAGUACGAACGCUGUGCCAACUACCUGGGUGAACUUGGCUGUCUUUGCGUUGAUCAACAGCAGACCACUCCCUUUGGAGACUUUCCCUGUCUUCUGGUCCGAGGCAUUGCCUCCUACUUCGAUACGCACCCGACCCCUCAAUGGAGAAAUUACGCAGCCGCGGCGGCCGCCACUGUUGCGAGGAGGGUUCUGGCAGAGAUCCCCCCGGGGGAAGAUCCUGCCGAUUAUGGGGCUGGAUAUCUGACACAAGACUAUUUAAGUGUCUUUAAUAGCUCCCGUUGA